UAAAAACAGGAAAUGUCAUUUAAGGAAAAAAAAAUUCUUAAUUUUGCGCGUAAGAUUAUUUAAACGAUUAAUUGAUUAUCGGAAUGAAAAUUGCAACUCAUUUUUAUCUCAAUCAACUAAUUGAUUACCAAAGUAAUUCUUGCAGCUCUUUAUGAGAGCACCAAAAGUAUUAUAACAUUGUGUGUAAACAUUGACUCAAACAUUUCAUUAGUUUUGUUAGUAACGUUGUGGAACCACUUGCAUCAGUCACUUGUUUCUCCACACAGAGAAGUUAGAGUCAACUAGAACCACAAGUACAAGUGAGGUACAGUGUGAAUGAUGUGUGUACUGUGGAUUCACAUGAGAGUUCUCAAUAAAGUGGAUGAAGAUGAGUGAAACAGAAACUGUGCAGAGUCAGAAACAGCUGAAUCAGAGAGAGAGAGAGACUGACUGAGGGGUUUCAAGCAUGGAAAAGGUUGAGCGAGGCAGGAGAAGUGGGAAGCAGGAGUGGUAAUGAGAGAAGGAGGGACUGGAAGUGAGGGAAAACGAGACACAAGAGAAGGAGGAGAUGUCUUUGUGUAAAUGGUAGCUGCCGUCCUCUUUUGUAAGCGGCUCCUCAUUGGCCAGCCAGAAGCCCCCCUGUGUGAAGGAAGUAUCACCAGGGAAACUUCGUCUCGCUGCCUCUGUGCGUGUUUUCCUUUUUGCCAGGGUUAUUUUUAAAUAGCAUUCGGCUUCCUGCUCAGACUAAGGACUACAAGCCACAGCAUCCCUGUUUUGUUGUUUUCAGGAUUUUCCACUUCACAAAUCAAGAAAAGCCGCAGCAAUGUUCUCCUCUUCUCCUUUCCCACAGCUACAUUGCAAGCUCUUUGCAAAAAUGGGGGACGACCGACCUUUUGUGUGCAGUGCUCCUGGCUGUGGACAGAGGUUCACCAAUGAAGACCACUUGGCCGUACACAAACACAAACAUGAGAUGACACUGCAAUUUGGACCACCCAGGACCGACUCUGUCAUUAUAGCAGACCAGACACCUACUCCCACUCGCUUCCUAAAGAACUGUGAGGAGGUUGGUCUGUUCAACGAGCUAACCACCUCCUUUGAUCAAGACGAGGAUGAAAAGAGGGCCAAAAGCUCUCUCACUGCAGCCAACUCUGUGGCUUUGGACAUGACCCUGCAGACAUCAUCAGAAGUGAAGGUGAAAGAGGAGGAACCUGUAGAGGUCGACUCUUCGCCACCAGACAGCCCCGAUUCUUACUCUGGACAGUCUGACAGCAGCAUAGAGUAUCUGGUUAAAGGAAAGGACACCCCCCCUAGGAGUUCAGCCCCCACCCCUACUAUUGUGCGUCCAGGUUCCCUCCCAUUACACCUGGGCUUUGAUGCCCUCCAGCCCACUAUGCCAUCACCGACUUCUGUUAUCACACAGGCACCACCCUCCAAUCGUACUCUGGGAAUGGAGAGAGGGUGGGAGAGAGAUGGAGGCUUACAUCUCUACAAAGAAGCAGCGGCACAAAGACUAAGUUCGCCAACCAGCCACUACCCCAUGAUGAUGCUUCCCUCUGGCCAGGCAGUGCCUUUGCUCCCUGGUCCUGUACAGAUACCCUCUGUAAUUAAUCUGGCCCGACCCUUGUGCAUGGUACCCAACAUUCCUGGGAUCCCUGGUCCUCCUCUGGGAGGCAGCAGCAGCGGCUCUAACUCCCCCUCUGGCUACAGCAUCCACUCAGAGGCCAAGAUGCGUCUGAAGGCUGCGCUGUCCCAGCAGAGCCCGUCAGGACAGAGUAUGGGGAUGUUUUCCAUGGGCGGCAGCCCCAUGGUGCCUCAGAGGGCAGAGCAGAGCCAGCUGCUCGUCCAGCAGCCAGAUGCUCCAUCACCUGCACAACCACAGGUAUCACCCGCACAGCCUACAGGUGGGCGGCGGCGGCGGACGGCAGACGAUGACCCAGAUGAUCGAAGGCAGCGCUUCCUCGAGAGGAAUCGGGCCGCGGCGUCGCGCUGCAGACAGAAACGCAAACUGUGGGUCAGUUCCCUCGAGAAGAAGGCUGAGGAGCUCUGCAACAUGAACGUCUCACUGUCGAAUGAAGUGUCUCUGUUGCGGAACGAGGUGGCUCAUUUGAAGCAGCUGCUGCUGGCCCACAAGGACUGUCCUGUUACCAACCUACAGAAGAAGACUGCCUACCUAAUGGCAGAGGAGAGCAUGAAAGACACCUCAGAGCCCACAGGUUCUCCUGCCCCGGUGAUCCAGCACAGCUCCUUGGCGCCCAGCCACUCUGCAGUGCACAACGGCCUCAGCUCAAGGGCAGCGGCAGAGGCCAUGGCGAUGUCUGUGCUGGCAGGAAUGGGCCAACAGCAGAGGGCUGAGAGUGGACCCUCUCAUAUUAUCAUGGCAUCAGCACAGUCUCAAUCUGCUGCCAGAUGAUGAGCGAUGCCACCAUGGCCAAGACUUGGCUCACCACGAGGGGAAAUAAGAGCAGAGGACACCCCCCUCCCCUCCCAUCUUCCUCAAUCUAGAAAUCCAAAUAUCUCAUCUUUUGCCCCGCCCCCUUUCUCCUCUGCUCUCUCCGACCCUCCUGUGGAGCCAUCAUGCUGUGGCCUGGAGCUCAGCAGCAGCCUUCUGGGAACGGACUAAGACUUUUGAGAGAGCUUCCUGUUCACUUUGCCACAGACUACAGGGGCUGGACUCCAACCCCCACCACCCACCCAACCACCCCUCGUUUCCCUUAAUGCCUUCCUCACCCUCAGUCAAAAUGAAUCUCCACUGGACUGUCGGACUGCAUCACCCUUGAGUGUACUGUCAUAUCGAACUCCCCCACAUUGACACGUACCACACAUGUGCACAGCUUGAAACACACACGUGUUGCAUAAACACUCAUGAUCAAAUCAGACACCCAACAACACACACGACUUCACACUGUUUAGGGAAUAGUGCCUUUUGCUCCUCGACUUUUUAGCCAUAUACACCCACACAUGCCAUCACUGCAUACGUCCCAAUACAUCCUCAACUCCAAAGACACAGCAGCUGUCUAGACUUCCGUGACUUGGAUCUCAAAUGUUCACGUAAACCUUUUGUAAAUGGUUCCACCUCAAGGCGAUCUCAACAUGGACCCAAAAUCUUACCUCAGUUACUCCCCUUUAUGAUAGAAUUUAUAAACUGUGUGUGUGAUUGGCUCUGUGUGUAUGUAUUUAUGUACAUCAGAACAUAGCAGUUUGCCUACUCCUGAUCUAAUACAUUAAUAUUUAGAUUGUUAGCAUGUGACUUUUUUAUUAGGGUGUUCUUUUCAUGAUACAGUAUGUGCAGCUAUAUUUUUUUAAACAAAUUGGCACAUCCUCCCAGAUUAGUCCACGGAACCAAAAUACAUUGGACUACCCAAAUCAGUUUAGUGCCCUGAAAUAAUUUAGUUUGAGCAAUAAUUUUUGUGACCUGAAGGGAAUUUCACCUCUCCUCUCCUUCUCACGUUUCCUCUAAAAGAGGCAGUUUUACUGUUUAUUGGCUUGUAAGUGGAUGCCUUUUUUCCAUUUCAUCUGAAACUGUUCUAGUGACUGUGUUUCUCUGUGUGGGCCCUGGACUUACUGUAACUGUUAUUUUCACACUUCUCAGGAUGGUUGCACAUCCUUGGUGCUCGCUGGAGGUGCAAUGAACCCCUUAUUGUCUUUAGCUCUUUACCAAACCUCAAGUAAGCCAUAAAAAAAUCCGAUCUCUGAAUCUCCAAAGACCACCAGAUACUUGUCCUGGGGCGGGCAGUAAAAAGCUGGACUGUUAUUUUGCGAUUCAGAGGUCACAGUGACACAAUCUACAGUUUAUCACUGCUUGUUAUUUGCACUUACUCACAAUGUCACACACAAUUACUGGUCAUUUUGCCUUAAGAUCACAUCGGUGCCUCUGAUAUCCCCUCUUUAAAACAUGCAGAGUUGCUCAUGUGAAAAUCCAGAACCAUAGCAAAACAUAUUUCCCCCCAAUUGUUCAUUUCAUCCAAUGAAAAAACAAUGAAUCAACCUAUCAAUAAAAGAUUCCUCGUCAACCUCUAAAAAUUAAAAAUAAAUUUGAAUUUGGACUCUUCUCAGUGACAUUUAAUGAUGUAAUACUUUUGUGUCAUCUGGUGGAGGGACACAGCAAAGACUUCUUCACUGGUAAAAGCUUUGAGGGAGGAAAACGUCUUGUGACUGGUCUCCAAAUGACUUCAUUUUUUUAGAAAUCCCACAAAGAUAUUUUACCCAGAUAUCAAUAUAUUUUUACAUGAACACCUAUACAAGCGGUUUUCUUUUCUUGUUUAUUUUUCCUGUAUAUUCUUGUCCCUCUUCUGUCUGAUGUGAUUGUGUAUUUGCAAGAUGUGAUUUUUCAAAGACAAGAUAUCUGUCCAUUAACAUGAGGGCAUGUCUUUAUGCACUAAAAUAAUGCAAGUUUAUUGUUGCUUUGUAUUUCUGUUCAUUUAAGUAUUUGCGAUUCUCUUGGUCUGUGUUUUCAGAUGAUAUUUUUCUCUCUCCCUUCUGUACUGUAUACAUGAAUGGGAAUUUGCUCAGAAACUUUAAUACUUUAAACCUUUGACUGAACAUUUUGUCCUGCAGUCCUGACGUCGAGCCCGGCAUUUUGUUGUACUUUGAAGCUGGCGCUAUAUUUGUCUGGCAGUCCCUUCUAGACGAUUGUUCAUAUGAAAUGAAAAUUUAAACUAUAUUUAGCUUUUAUGUUUUCAUGUAAUUCAUGUCAUCGGCACCUUUUUUUGUCAUUUCUUUGUUUUCCUCUGUUGUGUUCUGUUUUCAGCUCUAUACAACUCGUCAUAAUGCUUCUGAUUGUACUGAUGAAUAUAGAAACAAAUUUCUUUAACACAGAUUUGUUUUUUUGUUUUCCCCACAGAAACGAAACGUCAUUAGUCCUUUUUCAAAGAGAUUUUAUCCCCUGUUUUAUCCUUGCUAAGAUGAAUUUGGUCAUGUUUUUGAUGGUCCUUGUCUAACUUAUUUUUACUUAAUUGGUUAAAUAACUGUAAUCAUCACAGUCUUUGGCAUAUUGAUGUUAACUAGAAUUGUCAUGAGAAGAGCAAUUUAAAUGAAAAAUGCAACAUUUUGAAAGUUGCACGUUGUGUUUAAAUGGUUUUUCACACUCCCAUUGUUGGACUGAUGUUUUCAGAAAUUGUCCUAUUGUACAUAUCUGUACUAUAUGAAUAUAUUAACUUUUCCAUGCAUGUCCAAGUGGAAUACUAUGAACACUUACGUACAGUGCUGCAGUUUUAAUUAAAGAAACUACAUCUUAAUGAA